AUGAGUGCCGGUAAACUCAGGGCCAUGGUGGCCUGCAAGCACUGUCGGCAGCGGAAGAGACGCUGCGAUGGUGUGACGCCGCGAUGUUCGGGCUGUAGGCAGAGAGGAUUGGAGUGUGUGUACACAGAGGCUGCUCCUCCGAGAAACACUGCUGUACAAACACAGUUGGACGGGCUGGACCAACGGAAUGGAAGUAUGGCAUCGGAUGCGUUGCUUCAGCGCCUGGAAAGCAUCGAGAUGUUGCUUGGGGAGCACGCCGAGGCGCUGAGGACACUGCAGCAGGAGAAGCAGCCGCGGCAUCGUGGAGAUUUAUCAGCCUCUAUGACGCCGCACCCGCUGCCCGACCUUUAUCGACAAACUGACAAGACCGAAACCAAUGAGAGUCUGCCAUCUCCUUCACGAGAAGCAUCAAUGCCGCAUUCUACCUGGGCGCUCACCACGCGCGAAGGAGGCGACUCGUCGAGGCGUGGGGUGAAUGGUGAUGGCGGUGAUGAUGUACCUCCCAUUACCAUACCGCUAGGGCAUCAGACGAGCACGAGCAGUCUAUUGACGCUCCCGCAGAUGCGUCCCUUGGUGGGUGAUUAUCCCGAGGACUUCAUCUUCCGGGUCGAGGACAGCCGAUCACCAUCUGCGGCGAUGGAUUUUAUGACUGCGCCAGGACUGCAAGGUGAAGAGAAACAAAUUGACAGGACAGUCACGGAUGAUUAUCUCAGUAGCUUUCUUGCCCUGGUGCACGCUUGCCAUCCCAUCUUUGACCGCGACCAUCUUCUCGCAAACUACGAAGCCACCAUGAGAGAGGGAUUGGGCUCCGACGUCAGGUCGGGCGUGAUCCUCGCGGUUCUGGCCCUUGGCGCAACGGCUUCGGACGCAAUUGAUCACGGGGAGAAUGGGAAUACUGGCGAUGCUUGCAUGCAAAGGGCACUCCGGAUCCUGGUGCCGGCGUGGACCCUCUCGUUUAGCGGCAAUAUUCAGCUGACGCAAGGGCUGAUCUUGUGCAAGGACAUCUUGUCGGGCCAGGCUGAGAUUCAGGAAUUGACCCGGCUUAGCUGGAUAUCUUUUAUCAUUGAAAGUGAUAUGAUUGCCGAGUUUCACCAGCCAAGGAGCGGCAUCGAUGUCCUUGUUGAUCGCAUGCCCUUCCCCAACUACGGCACCAACCCGAAGCUCGAGCACCUUUGCGUCCUGGCCGAGAUAUCAGCCCGGUCUCUUCUCAACCGCAUGCAUCACGCCAUUUACUUUACGGACAGCCUUACGAUAUACGCGGGCCGCGCUCUCGACUCGCUCGCCUCUUCCCAGCAGUCUUCGCUGCAGCCGGAUGCAUCUCUCCUGCGGGUGUGCAGCGAACUUAAUUCUCAGCUCGACAGAUGGUACGAAGGCCUGCCGGUCGACAUCAAACCCGACUUGUUUGAUCGCGCCCCAGGAAAUAGACAGGCGUGCAUAUUGCGUCUGCGGUACUGGUCCGCGAAGCAAAGCAUCUUCAGGCCAUUUGUGAUCCAUGCCACGUCGUCGCAGUAUGAAAAGGGUGAGGUGGAAGUGCCCUCGGCAGUAGUGGCUCAGUGCAAGGUAUGCCUGGCAGCGUGUCGAGCUUUCCUCCACGGGGCGAUAUAUCUGCUUUCGGAGAGGACGCCUUACGCGUAUAGCUCACUGCAGUUCACUCUCAACUGUUUCUUGGUGCUUGCCCUGGCUGCAAACUCGCCACAUCUCGGCCAUCUCGCGGAGGAUAUUGAUUCGAACCACCAGAUGGUUGUGGAGGCUCUUGAACCUUGGGCACGACCGGGAUCGAGCAUCGAACAUGCGCUAGAGAUUGCCAAUUCAGUUGCGAGAAAGCUUCGUCUUCGCGAUGAUCGGCGGAGAUUUUAA